AUGCCUCGUACACAUCGCAGGAAAUCCAAAACACUUUCAGCACUGGGAAAGGAGACCAUCUGUCCCUUUCUGAAGAGAAAUGAUGAAAAUCCACCAACCACUCCAGUUUGUAAAAAAGGGUUUGGGGCUGAGAGGAGGAGCCCUUUCACUGAAUGGAACCAUUCCAACAGUGCAGGGAAAACGCCACAGGGAACCCCGGCUAAGGGGACUGAGAACCGUGAAGACGACCAAGUCAAAGAAUUCACAUUCAACUUCCAGAGUAACGGGAACAGCACCGAGCAUGUGGUGAGAGGGAAACUGGAAGAAAACAUUCAUUCUGCUCUCAUGUCUUCCGCGCCUUUCCAGAAAGAACGAGAGAAAAGUGAGGGCAAGACAUUCCAUUUAAUUGGGAAAAGGGAAUUAAUGGGUGCCGUCAAUCUAGGAAUGCCCUGUAAAUGUCUGCCGGACAAGACCCAUUUUGAAGUGGUAUUUUACCGGGUUAAAGGCAAGGUCAGCUAUCGGGAUGAGGUCUCUACAGGCAAGCAAUGUGUUGUAUUCCGUGUCAGAAGCACUGGAAGGACAGGUGGCAAGCUUGGGACAGGUUCAAAGCCUAUCAUCAAGAACGCCGGUCUGCGAGAGGACGGACAUGACCUGUGCCUGUACGCUUUUAAAGGUGAGACCAUUCGCGAGGCUCUGUGCAAGGAUGGGAGGUUUUCAUCAGUCAUUGAGCAGAAAGUGUGGAGCCUGAUGGAUGAGCACAGACGUCUGCAGUUCACCCUCACCGUCGAUGACCUCCGUGAUAAAUGCUUUGAGGUUCAAGUCAGCAACGAGACGUAUGCGGCAGGAAACGAGCAUGGUGAUAAUAAUGACCACGCCAGCCCCAAGAGGAGACAGGAGCAGGGCAACGCACCAGGAGAGCAGGAGGAGCUGAAAUGUGAGCUGAGAAAGCAGGUUGAUGAAUAUCUGGAAAAGGAGAAAGGAGAGAAGCAUCACCGUAAAAACUGGAAUCUGCUGAAGACAGAAUUUGGGAAGAUUGCAGUUGAUGGGGUUCCCGUUACAGUCCAUGAAAUGCUGGUGCGAUUGAGUGCGUCUGUUGGAUUGGUCAAAUGGGAUAACAAUGGGAGUAAUGGCACUGCCUCUUGCUUCUACCUUGGAAACGAAUAUACCCUGACAUGUUUCCAUGUCGUGAAGAUGGCUGUAGGAGAUGGUGUGCCUGACAAUGAGUGGAAGACCGUAAUAGAGAAGGCCAUGACCAUACACUUUGACUACAAGGAGAAGUGCCAGCCUACCUGGGGCUGGCAUAACAUUGAACCGUGGUUUGAAGUGUAUAACCGAGACCUUGACUACGUGGUGCUGAGAUUGAAGGUCCCCAAUGAUGAUCAAGUAGAACUACCUCCAGGUGUGUUACACACUGCAAACCGCCCUCCCCGGAAUGGAGUGGUCUACAUUAUAGGCCAUCCUAAAGGUGAUCCCAAAUCCACUGACACUUGUACGGUUAUCCCUAUUCCACAGCGAAAUAUCCAAUAUUACAUGCAGGUUUUCACAAAGUACAGUUUCAAAGAAAUCCAAAAUUCAGACACGAUCACCUACAACACCUGCUUCUUUCAAGGUGCCUCUGGCUCUCCUGUGUUCGAUGCCUCUGGGAAGCUAGUGGGAAUGCAUGCUGCAGGAUAUCAGUAUCAAAUCGGCAUCAAGAGAAACAGCGUGAUCGAAUAUGGUCCAACCAUUGAAGCCAUUGUCAAUGACAUGAAGGCUCGAUUUCCAGGAUUUGACCUCAUUUCCCAAAUUCAGGAUGACAGGAACAUUCUGCGCGAAGACCAAGGAGAGAUUCCAAUGGACAUCCAGUAAAAGAACGCAACUAAAUGAGUAUCAAAGCGAGUUAUUACGAUUCUCAUUCUUGUUGCAGCUGUUCCUUUCCUGCCUCACCUUCAAUAUUAUCCCCAAACUUCAGUAAGCUGUUCUCUUCCACUUUCUACUCCUCUGUAAACUCCUGGUAUUAUCCCAAUGUAUACCCGCUUUCUGUACUCAAAACCAAGACUGACAUCUGGUCCUCUAGCACCUGCACAUUUCAAUUCUUUUGUGGAUGUAUGCGGCAGACUUCUCCUCUCCCCAUUUCCAGAAACCCUAUCCAACCCUACAUCCCUUUGGGAAUUCACAUUCCUCAAUUUCCAGCCACUUGCACAGCUCCCAAUGCUCCACUAUCCCACACAUACCUCAACUUCUGGAAUCUCUUUAUUCCUUCCCAUCCCUCCACAAACCCAUGUGAAAAACAGGGGCCAUUCAGCCCUUCAAGCCUGAUCGGACAUUCCAUGUCACCAUGGCUGACCAUCCAACCUGUUCUCAUGCACUGUCCCUGUCGCCUAUGAACGCUUUCGCCCCAAAAUGGACACCUAACUCCUUCUUGAACACAGUGAAUGUUUUUGGCCUUGAGCACCUCCUGUGGCAGAGACUUCCACAUGAUCACCAAUCUCUGGGUGAACAAAUUUCUCCUCAUUCAGCCUGUAACAGCCUACCCUGUAUCCAUAGACCGUGACCCCUGGGUCUGGGUUCCUUCCUGAAUGUACCCUGUCUAGUCCUGUUGGAUUUUAUGAGAUUCCCCCCUCCAUUGUUCUAAACCCCAGUGAGUAUAGGCUGAACCGAUCCAGAAUCUCUUCAUACGUAUGUCCUGUCAUCCCAGGAAUCCCUCUGAUUAACGCUCUCUCUCUCUCUACUUUCCAAGCAAUGACGUUCUUAGUUUCCUCUUUUAAGUCUGCCCUUCCAACUUUAACCUGCUGCUUGAUGCACACCUCUCUGACCAAGCCUUUGGUCACCCACAGUCAAAACAGGAAGCGAUGUAUUCCGUUCACACUGUGUCAGCUCUUUGCAGAGUGAUUCAGACCUCCUAUUCCGCCUCUUCCAUUCAAGUAGAUCUGAAACUGCAUUUUCCUCAAGUGCCUUUCCACCUUCGUUGUAAAAUGACUGAUCAAUUCCACCUCCACUGUCCUCCCAAAG